ACGGUAACGCAGUGAUUCGUCAUGCCUAUGAGACCCACAUGCGAAACUCAUCCAGUUGUUUGCCAGCAACUUUUGGAGAUACAUCAAAAUUUCCUCCUCCACAAAGCGAGCCAUGAAGGUUCUUUUGUUAUUAUCCAUUCUCCUGGCGUUGGUCGUCUGCUUCCAGGCUACAGAAGCAAGGGACAGAGAGGAUCGGCGAAAUAGGAGGGAAACUGACGAGUAUCCAGAAGUAGAAGAGGAGGGAGCCGAUGAGGACGAUGAGGAUGAUGUAGAUGAUGACGACACAGACAACGACCAGGAAAUCGUCGACACACGAAUUAAUCCUUGCGACAAGAAGACAUGUCGCCGUGGCGAGGAGUGUUACCUAGAUAACUCCCGCAAAGCUAAAUGUCGGUGUGUCGAGCAAUGUACCCCAGAGCCCGACCCCAGAUAUAUGGUGUGCAGCAACAAGAACUUGACGUUUGACAGCGAGUGUCACAUGGACAGGGAAGCCUGUUGGUGCCGUCGCAGGAAGCCCCAGUGUGGGAACCCAAGCUUCAGGACCCUCAGACUCGAUUACUACGGAGAGUGCAAACAGCUUACAAAAUGCCAGGAUUUCGAAAUGGAGCAGUUUCCUCUUCGUAUGUCCAACUGGCUCUUCAAAGUGAUGGAGGAAUUGGCCAGAAGAAACGAGCUUGAUGAUGAUUAUGUGGAAAUGCUGAAAUCAGCGGAGAAGGACAAAAACCACGUGGAUGCAGUCAUCUGGAAAUUCUGUGAUCUUGACGUUCACCCACAAGACCGAUUUGUGACCCGCCGGGAACUACUUUUCGUUGUUGCAACAAUCAAACCAAUGGAACACUGCCUGGCCCCUUUCCUCGAUAUUUGUGAUGCCAACAAGGACAGAAAAAUCAGUCUGUACGAGUGGGGAGGGUGCCUGGGACUCGACCAAGGAAAGAUUCAAGAUAAAUGUGGGGCUGUUCACAAGAAAAACAAAGGAAGAAAGUAAACUGUGCUUUUAUAAAUGAAGAAGGGAAAGGCUUAUGCAGCAGUAUCAGCGAAAAUUAAACAAGCAAAAUAUUAAUUGAGCAAACCUAAAUGCAAUCUCAUAAAAUCUCACUGCUUCGAUGGAUGUUGGACAUUGUUGGUUGCUUGUGGAGGACAAGAUGCAGCAAAUUUAAGAAUGGAUAAAUGUGCCUUCUAUUCAGGAUCUCCAAUAGAAAAAGGAAUAUUACUGUGUGCUUCCAUUUUUAUUACUGUAUUUGGUAAAUUAAAGUCAUUUUUAAAAGGUUA